AUGGCACGGAAGCGUGCACGAUUCUCAGAGAAGGAGAAUUAUAGUGCCGAGCAUGAUACCUUGAAAACGCCGGCGCGGUCUAGCAAGGCGCCAACUAUGCUAAGCAGCAGUCCUAUGCCAGAACGAUCGCUGCGGUACUCGGAUGGCCACUUUGACUUUUCGUCUCCCAAUGCCAAAGCGCCUGAAGCGAAACGUUUACCUACUUCUACCUCGUAUUCGGUCGUGACUAUCAUCCGCAAAAAGAUUUUGUUUUCAAAGCGACCAGAACCCAUUGUAAAAUUGGAUGCAUAA